AUGAGGUAUGUGAGUCAGCUAGUGCAAAUUCCGAGAAGGGCUACCAAAGCACAGAGCCGAGAACAAAAAUACAACAGAGCUCUGGCCAUCUGCAAGCAAAUUGCUGAUUCUGCAUCACACCUUGGCACAAAGCAAUUUGACGAUAGUCUAUUGAACCUGCAGCAGAUUAAGCAAUUAAUUGACACUGAAGGAGCUUUCUUUGUAGCUGGAAAAAAUUCUGGCAGAAAUGCGAAUGUGUUGCGUCCAGUGGAAGACGUAGGAGUUUUUGACGUUGAAGAAGUCUGCUCUGUCUCUUGCGAAGAUGAUGGAAAUAAUGUUGAGGCACAGGCAAACUAUUCUGUGCAAGCUGAGGAGUCACAGGGUCGGGAAAUUGGCUCUGCGGAAGACGGAUUGGCGCUGGUUGAAGUGUCAGAAGUUGAAUCUGCUGGGCAAGAGGCAGGCAAGGAUUUCGAGGAGGAUAAAGAUGGCUCGGUGGAAAUUGCAGUGGCUCAUGAAGAAGAAUCUGCAAUUGAGGAAUUUGGCUCUAGGGGUCAAGACGCUGGCAAGGAUUUAGAGAAUGAGAAAGAUAGCUCUGGGGAAGUCGAGGUUUAUGAGAAGAGCGAUGAUGUGAAAGAGGCCAAAGCUGGACCACCACUAAUUAGCAGCACGCCUAAAAAAGUGAUAGAAAUUGAUCUUACAAUAGAUGAAUCUGAUGAAAUGAUAAAUGCAACAACAAGCGUUACCAAAAGUGAGAAAGCAGAGGUUGAUGCUGUUGAACAGGAUGAUGCUCUCGAUGACGAGGCGCUGAGACAAAUUUCACAAAUAGAAGACAUUGCUCUUUCUCAGAGAGAGAGGCAGGAGCAGAGCAAACUGAGUGAUGAAAUCAGCGAGUAUGGUUUACAACAGAUAAGCCAGGCUGAGAUUUCAGCUCUCAGCACUGGAAUCAAUUCUGGCUUGGACAGCAAGCAAUCAGAAGGUGAGAACAAUGCAGGCAGAAAUGAGGCAAGUAAGAGCAGAGAUAUUGCAACUGAGCCUGGAUUUGAUACAAUCAGAAUUACUUCAGGUACAAAAAUCAUGAUUAAUAAAUUAUGA